AUGGCGCAAAUCCAAGGCCACCUUGACCCUAAAUUUGAGGAGCUCCGGGAUCUCUUCCAAAAGAAUCUCGACUCGAAAGCCGAGAUCGGAGCUUCCAUCAGUCUCAACAUCGAUGGCAAGGACGUGGUAGAUAUCUGGGGAGGAUUCGCCGACGAGGAAUGCACCCGGCCGUGGGAAUCUGACACCAUCGUGGGAGUCUGGUCGUCCACCAAGGGACUCGCCAGUCUCGCUCUCUUGAUGCUCAUAGAUCGCGGCCUGGUCGACGCCGAUGCAAAAGUGGCAAAAUAUUGGCCCGAAUUCGCCGCCAACGGGAAGCAAGACAUUGAGAUUCGCCAUAUCAUGUCUCACACAUCUGGUCUCUCGGCGUGGGAAGAAAAUGUGACCUGGGAUGAUGUCUGUGACCAAGACAGUGCUGCGGCAAAACUCGCGGCUCAGGCCCCUUUGUGGGAGCCGGGCACGGCAUCCGCGUAUCAUAUAGUCACUUUCGGGGUGUUGAUUGCCGAAGUUGUGAAGCGCGUCACAGGCAAGCCAUUGAAACAAUUUGUCGCCGAGGAAAUCGCUGCUCCGUUGAAGGCAGAUUUCCAAAUAGGCUUGCUGGACAAAGAUGUCCCCCGAGUCAGCAACAUUAUUCCUCACAAGGAUACGCCACCACCCCGGGAAGCGCCCGAAGCAGGAGAUGUUGCUAUCAAGACGUUUACCAAUCCCGCGCUCGACGUAAAUAUGCUCAAAUUAGAGACGAUACGAAAAGCUGACCUUAGCUCCUUGAACGGAUUCGCAAAUGCUCGCGCCAUGAAUCGCAUCUUCUCCGUUUUGGCGCUCGGCGGCGAGGUCAAUGGCGUGCGGCUAGUAUCCGAAAAGACGAUUGAGCUUAUCUUUCGGGAACAGUCAAACGGUACAUGUCUGACAACAGGGCAUGUUGUGAGAUGGGGUAUUGGAUACGCUCUUGGAGGAUCAGGCCUUGUGAAUUUUAUGCCAACUGGGCGAAUUGGAGUAUGGGGAGGCUGGGGAGGAUCAUUAUUUGUCUUUGACGCGGACAGGAAACUCACAUUUACGUAUGCCAUGAACCAGAUGUCUAAUCGGAUUAUGGCACACGGGAGAGAAGGAGGUUAUUUGACGGCCGUGUAUAAAGCAUUGGGGGUAGCGAUAUAA